CAUGCAGGUCUAUCAUGUGGACACUGACAGUGCUCCUGCUCCUAGUUCCAAGCAGUGGAGAAGCUGCUACUCUGGAGAAGCCUAUACUGUCUCUACACCCACCCUGGACUACAAUCUUCAAGGGGGAGCGAGUCACUUUGCGGUGUGAUGGGUACCAUCCCCUGCUCCUGGAGCUCCGACCCAUUAGCACGCUCUGGUAUUUGGGCCACCUACUCCUACCCUCACACAAGAAGACCAUUGAGGUGCAGGCACCAGGGGUGUACAGAUGCCAGACAAGGGGAGCACCCGUCAGUGACCCCAUUCACCUCUCUGUAUCCAAUGACUGGCUGAUCCUGCAGGUGCCCUAUGCAGCAGUUUUCGAAGGCGAGUCUCUGGUCAUGCGCUGUCGCGGCUGGUACGACAAGGUCGUCUACAAGCUUCACUACUAUCGCGAUGGCCAGGCGGUGCGCUACUUCCACUCCAGCUCCAACUACACGGUGCCACAGGCGCGCACCAGUGAUAGCGGGCGCUACCAGUGCUCUGGCACCAUGCGCAUCCCUGUGGAGAGCGCGCCUAUGUUCUCCGCCAAGGUGGCCGUGACCGUGCAAGAGUUGUUCCCGGCGCCGGUUCUGCGGGUGAUGGGGCACGUGGAGGCCCGCGGCGCGACGCCCGGCGGGGUGGUGGUGCGCUGCGUCACGCGCCUGCACCCGCACAAGCGCGACACGCCGCUGCAGUUCGCCUUCUACAAGUACAGCCGUGUUGCGCGCCGCUUCGACUGGGGCGCCGAGUACACGGUCCCGGAUCCGGAGGUAGAGGAGCUGGAAUCGUACUGGUGCGAGGCGGCCACCGCCACCCGCAGCGUGCGGAAACGCAGCCCGUGGCUGCAGCUCCCCGGGCGCGGCUCUGCUCCGGACCUGGGGUUCACCACCGCCCCCGCACCGCAGCCCGCAGCCUUGGCGCCCAGUAACAAGCCGCUUUCCUUCAGAAAGCCUCCGGCGGUAUCCAGAUCAGUCCCUUAUGUCACCUCCAACCCAAACACCACCUCCUCGGGACUACUGUUCCGCGUGGGCGGUGCCCCCACUGUUGGGCCCCCGGCCUGCGCCCCGCUCUCCCCUUUGGAACAGUCAGCAGAAGGCCUCAAACCCGGCGUGGACCUUCUGCUCCAAGAAAUGCAGCUGCUCAAAAGCCUUCUGAGCCGCGUGGUCCUGGAAUUAAAGGAGCCACACGCUUUACCAGCGCUAGCAGGAACACCUGAGACCUCCACUUCCCAAAUAGCUGUGAGCCGGGGAACCCCGGAAACCACUCCUGGGGAGAGCUGAG